CUUCGGAGUUGCGAAAGUGCGCGUGGAUUUCGAUUGUUCCCGCUGCUGAAUCGAGUUUGGCCCGCGGAGGAUUCGACUCUUGGACGUCAAGCUUUCUGCUUUCGCGACUGCGGUUGCGAUUCGCAGCUCAGAUUCCGCGCAAGGGACUGCGAUCCUGCAAUUGGACGGACGCUCGGGUCGGUGAGUGCGAUGGGUUACGUGGUUUUGACUUCUGCGAGCAUCGAGCUCGACAGUGGCGCUUUCUCCGUGGAUUGAGGCCAUCGUAUUAAACUGUGGAGGCGAUCCUCGAGGACGCAGUUCAGCUGCAGGAGGAGGAGGAGAAGGAGGCGAGAUUGUAUAUGAAGAGAGAGGGGCCUCGAGGGUUCGACUGAAUUUUGACAGUAUUUGGAUUUUGUUUGUCGAGGGAAAAGAGAGAGAGCGAGGCUCGAGAAAAAGAAGGAUUUCGAGGGUUGCACUGAUUUCCUGAUUUCUGGUGCGAGCAGUGGCAGCGGAGAUGGAUUAUUUGAAAGACAAGGCGAGCAGGUUAACUAAAGGAGCUCCGGGUCAACAGAAUUUCAAGGUGGGAUCGAGCAACUGGCUCGGAAACUCGUCGGGGCAGCCGAGUCCGACCGCUCCCAUGGGCAGCUUUAAGAACCCUGAGUCCGCCCAGAAUGCUGCGCAGAACGAUGGCCCGAAUCCCUAUUUGCUCAGAGAGCCCGUUUCUCCGCCUGCUCCACCGACGUCCGGGAUCGAAUCCAUGAGCCUUUCGGCUCCUCCAGAAAACAAGUUGUAUCCCGACCUGUACAAGCCGCCGGGAGCAGAUGGCGAGGAAGUAGAAGUUCUGAUUGGAGAGCAGGUGCUGCUGACGAUUCCGGGAGUGAUUGUGCAUCUGAUCGAUGGGGAGAAAAGUCCGCAUUUGGGUUCAGGAGACUUUCAGCUGAUCCGAUUCGUUCAGGAGAAGACCAAAGUCGUCGUCAUUGCCAAGGUCGGUGAUGAUCUGAUGUGGCCUUUGGUGCAGGAGAUGUCCACGGUCAAGCUCAGUCCCACGCAGUACUAUUUCUCGCUCAAAGUGCCGAAGGAUUUGGACCCGCAGGUCGAUUCCUCAUCAUCUGAUCAGGGAAAAAACCAUUCGCCUCUGGGGAACGAACCGGGCCAGAUGGAAACUCUGAAUUAUGGUGUCACUUUCCGGGCUUCAUCGAGCGACGACCAAAAUGCGAGGUUUCAAGAAUUGGAUACCUACCUCGAGCGCUACAGCACUUUCUCGGCUCCCACUAUAGUUCAAAAGGAUGGCAAUACGGAUGUGAAGGAAUUAGAUCAACUCCCGUCGGCACAGGACCCUGAAUUUCCCGGAAAGGUCGUGCCUGCAGAGACUCUUGCCUCGGAUGGGAAGAUGAUGACAGAGGAGACGAGCGCAGAGUUUUGGACCACAAUUGCUCCGAAUGUCGAUGACUACAAUAGCAAAGCGGCCAAGGGGAUUGCCACCGGUGCCGGCCACGUGAUCAGAGGCAUCCUCUGGUUGAGUGAUGCAACCGUACAGCAACUGGACUCUGGGCACGGCUACAUGAAGGCAAAGUUCAAGCCCAAGGCUGAUCCGUCAAAGAUCAGCCCCACCACCAUCGCAAACAUGCGCAGGGUUAGGAAAAUGACGGGCAUGACCGACAAAGUGGCAAAGGGAGUGCUUGGAGGCAUUGUAUACACUACUGGUCUUUUUUCGAGUGCUGUAAUCAACUCUCCCCCUGGCAAAGCAUUCUUCAAACUCUUACCAGGAGAAGUUGCACUGGUCUCCCUGGAUGCCUUCGGUAGGGUCUUCGAUGCAGUGGAAAAGGCAGGAACGGAUGUGAUGUCCAGAUCGUCAUCAGUGACGCAAGAUUUCGUAAAUUACAGAUACGGAGAAGCAGCCAAGGAGUUAACUGAAGAAGUUAACAAAACAGCAGGGAAUGUAACAUCAACUGUCUGGACUUUCACAAAGAUUCGGAAGGCUUUUAAUCCGAAGAACUUUGUGUCGAAAACCGGCAUGUUGAAGGCUGCUGCUCAACAAGUCGCUGUUAACAAAAAAGUUUAGGGGAACGGGAGAAAUGUAGGUCUGAUGGACUAAACGAGAAGCUUGAUUUGGUGGUAUUGCAUCUGACCUUGGGUUCCGAUGGAAUUUCACAGAUAUGGACCAUCGGCCAAGGAGGUUACAGAGGAAACCUUUACAUCUGUAGGACAUGUUGCCUCGACCGCAUGGACUUUGACUAAGAUUCGGAAGGCCUUGAAUCCAAACAAAGCCAAAUAUUCUGGAAAAACUGGCAUGUUCAAGGCUGUAGCCAAGCAGGCAAUGCACCAGCGCAAAAAUGUAGUUUAGGUUAUUGGCACCUAUCCUCUGUAGGCAGUCGUUUUGUUUUGAAAGACGAAAGGGCAACUCUGUUCUCAUUAUACGCAUAUGUUAUACAUUUGUAAUUAGUGUAAAAUAUCGGAGCAUUCAAAGUACAUUACUUUUAGAAAUUCGUUGCCGAACUGUUAGUUAGUAACGUGGGAAGUACGAAUACUUUUGUGCAAAAUCGUUUUGCGGUAAAGUUUAAUGCAAAGUUUUUGAAGCGACAUAUGAAUGAU